AUGUCCAAAUACAGUGCAACAAGUAAGCAUUAUAAAAAAGCCAAAUUAGACUGUUUGACUUUCUAUGGAGAAUUUCAUCAUGAUGAAGCUGGUGGUGAUGACAUUAUACAUUUAUUGGAGUCAGGCUCAGAAUCAGAUUCUGAUCAAAAUGAUUUUAUUGCUGCAGAAGCCUCUACUGACAAUGUAGAUUUUCCAAAAUUAUUAACAGAACUUGAAUCCGACCCUGAGCCUGAAAAUCCUGCUUUAUUCCAAUUCCCAAGUACCUCGAAUUAUAUUUAUGGUGUUGAAGGUAAUUCUGGAGUUGAGCCUAACACAUCUCCAUCUGAGUUACGUGAUGAACUGUCUGGAUGGUGUUUAAAAAACAAUAUUACGCAUAAUGCUGCUAGCGAACUUUUAAAAAUAUUGAAGCCUCAUCAUCCAGAAUUACCAAUGGAUGCACGUUCAUUACUAGUGACACCCAGAAAUAUAUCAGUAAAAAACAUUCAUCCAGGUACUUAUUACCAUUUUGGUCUGGAAAAAUGUGUUUCUAAUCUUUUUUCACUCUCUAAUCCAGAAGAAUCUACCGAUACAAUUGAAAUUCUUGUCAACAUUGAUGGACUUCCAUUAGCUAAGAGUUCAGGUAGUCAAUUCUAUCCCAUUUUGUGCAGCCUCUUUAAAAAUAAAAAUCAAGUGGAAAUAGUGGGUGUUUAUCAUGGGUAUGAAAAACCCAAAGACAUGAAUUUGUUCAUUCAGGAUUUUGUCAAUGAAGCUAUUGAGAUAGUGAAGAAUGGCCUAAUCUAUAACAACCGGUCAUAUUUUUUCAAAAUCAAAGGAUUUAUCUGUGAUGCUCCAGCUAAAUCUGCAAUUAAACAAAUAAAAGGUCACUCUGGAUAUAUGUCAUGUAGCAAAUGUCAUGUUGAAGGAGUUUAUAAAAAUUCUGUUUGCUUUCCCCAAAUUUCCAAUUUAUCUUUACGUUCAGAUUUAGAUUUUCGAAGCAAACAACAGGAGGAACAUCAUACAGGUACUUCUUUGAUUGAAAAAAUACCUGAUGUCGAUAUGAUUAAGUCAUUUCCACUCGAUUACAUGCACCUUAUUUGUUUAGGUGUCAUGAAAAAAUUGAUAGUUUCAUUGUGGGUGGGAGGAAAACCUCCUGUAAAACUUCAAUAUAGAAAAGUUACUGAUUUAUCAACCAACUUAUUACAGCAAACACACAAUGUGCCGAUUGAAUUUAACCGAAAGCCUCGUAGCCUUAUUGAGUGUAAAAGAUGGAAAGCAUUUGAGUUUAGGCAAUUUCUGAUAUACUUGGGGCCUGUGGUUUUGAAGCAAAUUUUAACUGCAGAUCAAUAUAAAAAUUUUAUUUCCCUCCAUGUUGCAGUUAUAAUUUUAUCUUCUUCCAAGCUUUUGAAAUUUAUCGAUUAUGCGGAAAAACUUUUAAUUUAUUUUGUUGAAACAUUCAUUAUUUUAUAUGGGGAAGAAAAUGCUUCACAUAAUGUCCAUAAUUUGUUGCACAUAGUUGAUGAUGUUAGAAUCUUUGGACCCCUUGAUAAUUUUAGCGCCUUUCCAUUUGAAAAUCAUAUGCAAACAUUAAAAAAAUUUGUCAGGAAACAGAACCAGCCUUUGCAACAGUUGGUUCAUAGGAAAAGGGAAUUAGAUAACCUAGUUAAUAUAAAUAGUAAUAAACGAGGCAACAAUAAACUCAAAUGCUUUCCAUGUGGAGGUAAACUUCAUAGUGCUGGUCCAAUUCCUGAUGAUCUACAGGUAGUAACACAAUUUGAGGAGGUUAAAUUUGAAAAUUUUGUUUUAAAAUGUAAAGCGCCUAAUAAUUAUUGUUCUUUGAUAAGUGGCAAAAUUAUUCAUGUCAGAAAUUUCAUUGAAGUUGAUAACAAAAUUGUGAUAGUAGGAAAUAGUUUUGCAAAACAAGAAAACUUUUAUGAAGCCCCUUGUGAAUCUUCAAUAAUAAAUAUCUUCGAAAUUUCUAAUAGAAACCCCAAAUUAGAAAUGUGGAGUAUAGAGGAAAUACAGUUUAAGUGUGUGAAACUUGAUUAUCAAGAUAAAUUUGUAGUCUUCCCUCUUGUUCACACAGUUUGA